AGAGUGAGAGCAAUUGGGUUGCACUCCAUGCACAAUUGGGGCUUUGCGUUGUGCGUUGGAGCCAGGGGGCCGCAGCACCGCGGGGGAGGACCUGCCUGCUGCCUGCCGGAGCCGGAGCCGACGAGCCAGCGCCCAGCCCCUCCCUCCCGGGCUGGAGGCACCACCCGGAGGCUCCGCCCCCUUCCGGUCCCUCGCAGGGGAUAGAGACGCUCCUGCCCGCCUUCCUUCCUCCCGGAGCAGAGCAUAGAGAGGCUUCUGGCCACGGAUGAGACGCAUGUGCAGCCGGCACUGGAGCUGCUGCUUCUGCGGCGCUCGGGUUGGUCACGGCGGCGGCAACAGCAGCGUCUACUGCAGCUCGGCGCGGAGGGGCCGCCGCGAGGAGAGGGAGUGCUGCGUCUGCGGCGGCUGGAGAGGCCGAGCGGGCGGCUCGCCUCAGCAGCUGGCGGAGAGAUACACGGACUUGGCGGCCAGCCACGCGGAAGCGCUGAGGCUGAGCGAGGAGCGCGAGCGGCAGAGCGGGCGGCUGCGAGACGAGAACGCGCGCCUGCAGCUGGAGAACCGGCGCCUGCGCAGAGAGAACCGCAGCCUCUUCCGCCAGGCUCUGAAGCUUCAACAGCCGUCUCAAGCGCCGCCGCAGCAGCAGCAGCAGGAGGCGGCAGUAGUGGCCGUGGCCGUCCCUGCGCCGCCGGAGAGCGUGACUUCCUCCUCCUCCUCCUCCUCCGCCCCCGCCCCCACCCAAGAAGAGCCAGGGAGGCUGAGAGACCAAGAGACGGCAAAGGGGCCGGAGGAGGAGGAGGAGGAGGAGGAGGAGUGUGAGGGAGAGGCGAGGCGAGGCGCCCGGUGCAGCCUGGAAGCUGCCAGCUGCCCACCGUAGCAGAGGGGAGAGAGCGGGAUGGUGGCCGCCGCAGCCAAGCCGGGCUUUCUCCCCCUUUCCCCAAGGAAGAGGCUGCUUCGGGGUCCGAACUCGGAGGCGGCCUCUCUGCAGAGGGCCUCGGCAGGAAACCCUCCGCCUCCUCCCCGAGGCGCUGCCCUCCACCCGCUGGGCAGCAUGAUUAUCGCCCCAGAAGCCAGCCAGAAGCAGAGGCUGCUGAGCCUCUCCCCGCUUCCCGGCCGGUGAAGAGGCCUGGCUGCCACGUCCGCAUCAUUGGGGGGGGUCUCUUGCCUUGUUGACCCCAUGACUGGAGACUUCCUACCUUCUGCUUCUUUGCAAGUGCAAACACAUCCCCCAAUGGAGGCCUUUAAUAAUAAUAAUAAUAAUAAUAAUAAAAAGGAUGUGACAAGUAGUAUGUCUCCUGUUAAUAGUCUAAUGAAAGUGUGUGAUGGCUUAAAAAACAACUAUUUGCCAGACAAGUUCACAGAACUAGGAAAUUGAGAGUUCCUGUGAACUUUAUUUUAUUUUAUUUGUGUGUGGGGGGGGAUCUUAUGUGCAACUCCUGGUGCCAGUUUGUUGAUUUAUAGUCUGGAUGUUGCCACUAGUCAAAGACUUACAAAAGCUCAUGCACAAUAAAUUUGCAGUGCACUGGA